CCUGCGUGGGCGCUGCGCGGUAAGAUGGCGGCGGUUGGUGAUGGAGCGGGGUCGGCCGGGUCGGCGCUGCAGGGGUUAAUCCGGCAGUUCACAGCCAUUACAGGUGCCAGUGAAAGUGUUGGGAAGCACAUAUUAGAAGCAUGCGGCAACAAUCUGGAGAUGGCUGUCACAAUGUACUUGGAUGGUGGUGGAAUAGCAGAAGAGCCCAGUACCAGUACAGCAGGGACAUCAAGUAGACCGCCUCCACAGGAUGAGGUCCGAGCUCCGAUUCCACAAAAGCAAGAAAUACUGGUAGAACCUGAACCGUUAUUUGGUGCUCCUAAACGACGGAGACCUGCACGCUCCAUAUUUGAUGGAUUCAGAGACUUCCAAACUGAAACGAUCAGACAGGAACAGGAGUUGCGGAAUGGUGGUCCAGUGGACAAGAAACUGACCACUCUGGCAGACCUCUUCAGACCACCCAUAGAUCUAAUGCAUAAAGGCAGCUUUGAAACGGUAAGCAUUAGCAAUGAAGCUAAAUCAUAAGUAGCUAUUACAGGAAUUAAGUGAUGUUAUUAUGAAGAUAUGGGAUAGGAUUGUUUCCUUUGGUAGUUUUCUUUCCCAUUGUAGUCAGGGAACUAAUCACUUGAUUACUGGACACUUGCCUGCUUAAGUUCAAUUUUAUCUUUACAUUUUGUUUUGCACCAAGUAUACCAUGACAGUGAAGAAGGACAACGAUAUGUUCAAUUCUACCAACUCUCGGACUUCCCUUAUGUGUCUAUAUUAGAUCCCCGCACUGGUCAAAAGCUAGUUGAGUGGCGUAACUUGGAUGUGAAUUCGUUCCUAGAACAGGUGACGGGCUUUUUGACAGAGCACGGUCUGUUGGAUGGACUUUCCUGUAGCCCACCAAAGAAACGUCUGCGUUCGGAGAGUUUAAUUGACGCCAGUGAGGAUAGCCAGCUAGAGGCAGCAAUCAAGGCAUCUCUACAAGAGACACACUAUGAGUCCUCUAGUCCAGAGAAUGAAGAUCAGUCAGAUGAGGAGUCAGAAGCAGAAGCAUUCUCAGACAGUGAAGGGUUCAUCUCAAUCAAUGGAUCGGAUGAAGAAAGGGAAGAAGAAAGUAAUACAAAAAAGAAAUUGUCGCCUCGCAAGGAUGUGAGCUGUAAACAAUCACGCAUAGAAUUAACUGAAAGGACUGAGACAGGGAAGGACACUGGUUUGGAAUUUUCCUACAAGGACAUGUCUGAGAAAAUUCAAUCAGGGGGAGACGCAGAAACCUCAACAAAGCAGCAGGAGAUAAACACAGCAGAGUAUUUUGAUACCAGUGGACCAAAGGCAAGUCUGAUGCUGCGAUAUCCAAAUGGACAAAGGGAACAGAUUGCACUCCCGGCUCAAGCAAAACUACUGGCACUGGUAAAACAUAUCCAGUCGAAGGGAUAUCCAAAUGAGCGGUUUGAGCUGGUUACCAACUUCCCACGCAGAAAGCUUUCCCAUUUGGACUAUGAAACUACACUGCAGGAAGCUGGGCUGUGCCCACAGGAAACUGUCUUUGUUCAGGAGAGAAAUUAACUUGGGAGUGCAAAAAAUUUUAUACAAAUAUUGGAAGACCUGGGCCUGUUGGAAACGGUGAUAACCUGAUUUCAGCCUGAACAAAGGAAAGUAUGUAUUUUCACAUUUUACUGGGACCUUUUGAGGCCACUGACCCAUGAAGAUAUUUUGAGAUCCACACUCAUUUCUUAAUGCUUUUUGAUUCCCAAAAGAAGAACCCUUUUUACUGGACCAGAGAACACUGAAUGUGAUUUUUUUUGUUAAUGAAUACCCAUCAUUCUAUGCUUGAGCUGUUACCUUUGACUGUGUCAAGCAAUAGUACUGUUUGUUUUCUACAAUAUCUGGUCUUGGCAAUGCUCGUGUGUUGCUGUAACCAAAAUUCCCAAGAGCACUGCUCUUGGUUAACACCAAGAGGAAGCAUUCCCCCACCAAGGCCAGACAACAACACCAAACACUGGGGAAACCGGAAAUGGAAUAAGACCAACUGUCGUCUGAAAAGAUUUGACUUUGUCUCUUGGUAGUGUUACUUAUUUAGGCUGUAAGUACGUGGUAGGAAUUUGCUGUUGUUCACUAUGAUGUAUCUUCAAUUGCCCUAAUGCCAUCAGACAACCCAAAUUACAGGCCUGUGUUUGAAAUUCCGGAGCCAUAAGAUGGGUAGGAAAAUUUGCAACAUUGUCGGGUGUUAACUUGGUGGAUCUGAUAAUAGAAGUGAAAAGCCCUCGAUUUUCCUUCAGUCUGGAAGACACAAGGGCUACUGUGGAGUAAUUGUUUCAAUAAGUUAAGCACACCAUUCCAAGAAGGUCAAGGUAGUUCCUGAACUGAACAAACUCUUUAGGGAACCCCAAGAUAAACCGGGCCACUUAGCAGAAGAAAUGAGUCAUAUCCAUACUCCAUUGAAACCCCUGACGUCAAACUAAAGGGAGUGAUAUAUUUAAGUUCUUUCAUAAUAGGAUUGGAUCUACAGGAUCCUACACUGCUUAUCAUUUGAUGCAGUGUUGAGAACUAAGUGAUUGACACUAGGUUUAAAGCCAUUUUGAGGAAUUCUGCACAGUUUCUGAAUUUCUUUAAGAUCCUGCUCAUCAUUCUAGUAUACAUGAUGGUAACAGUUUAAGAGAUUAUAUGAGCUAUCCUUGACAGUAAACUGGGGUAGAUCCUACACAGGAGCAGGGCAUGGUUUGAGAUCUGUUUGAGCCACUGAUUGUAGCAAAUGAGGGAGGUGGAGGUGUGGGGUUGGGUGAUGGCAGGGUUGGAGUAACAGGAGGUUGAAGUACAGUUCCUGACUUCAAAGUUCCCCAGCAGUACAAAACAUGGAGGAAUUUUCCACCACAGAGAAGGAGGGGUAUGGAGUAGAGUGUACUACAUUGGGAUUGAAUGAUACCAGUGUGUCCCAAAGGGAAAUGAUCAAUGUUUCACAACUCAAUUCAGUCUUCUCAACCAGCCUCAGAGCACUUGAUGGAGGAGGGAGAGAUUUGCUUGUCAGUUGAUGUAUCUUCUCUGGCAAAUUUAUAUCCCCAUAGUGGGGGACCCUGGGUGCUAGUAUGAGGGCUUGUCUGUUCAGAGUAUGAAUUACAUAUGGAAGAUUGUAUAUCCUUUUGUUGGGGUGAGAGGAAGAGAGGAUUUCAAUUUUGUUUAUUAAUUCACAAGUUGUGGGCAUCACUGGCUAACCUAUUAAUGUACAUCAUAGUUGUCCUUGAGAAGAUGACCUGCUUUCUUGAACCACCUGCUGUUAGGGAGGGAGCUCCAGGAUUUUGGAACAAUAUUUUAAUCACAAGUCAGGAUGGUGUAUAUAUCAAUGUACACUUUGGAGAAGAAAUGUGACCAAACACUUUGAAGAGUGUUGGGAAGACAGGUAACGUUGUGAGGGGGAUGUUUAAGAGAAGGCAGCUAAUGAUGAGAAUAUUGGGUCAAGUAACUACAACUGAGCUCUGUGCAUGAGGAGAGGAAGCAUAUGAACAGGAAUAGCAUUCUUCUGUCUUUAGUGGGCAAUGAGAGCCAUUUUGCGUGCUGCCAUGUCUAGUUGAGUGUUUCAUAGGCAGUAUUUUUUUGUCCCAGUCAGAAUUUUUAAAACCUUCAUGUGGUUAUCAGCCAGGAGAGUGUGGCACUGAGUAUAAAUUCUACACUGGACAAAGGGAGUUGUGCUAACAGUGAUCAACAUUGUGGAAGGCCCAAAUUAAUUAAAAUAAGUUGAGGAAAAAUAGCCACGUUCAAGUUCACAGACAAUAUUUGAAAAUAUUUAAAAUAUAUAAAAAACGAGUUGGUGAUAUUGUGAUUGCACAGAAGAGAUUUGAGAUCUGCUCUUCAUUGGAUUGCAAGCUGAUCUAAAACUAUGCUACUUUGCAUUCUGGCCACUAAUUUUUCAGACCCACUACAACCUGGCAUUUUCAGCUAAAACUGCAUCAAAUUAAUAAGUAUGAUCCUGCUAGUAAUCCAUGUAUUGUAACUGUCCUAUGAAACAAGUUAUGUUAAAAGAAUGCAAAUCAAAGCUGUGAAAAUACUGCACCAGUGAAAUCCUGGACUCAAUUCUUCAGUGGAAUCUCUACAAAAUAUUAAAUCAUGUCUUGUAAUGUCAUUACUUAUUAAUUUUAUACUGUUUCAGUUAAUUGUUCAAUAUUUUUGGAGUGUGAAAUAGUACCCCUGGAUAGAAUCUACAGGCUGGCUGGCUAUGAUCUUGUGAUCAAACAGUCCCCACACGUCUGACCAAGUGAAUUGGCAAACUGGUGAGUCAUUUGAAGAGAAGAUUGCAGGAUUGCAUCAACCAGUGUCACAUUUUGUAAACUUCAAUCAAUAAAAUUUAUAGUUUGCUUUUUAA